UCAGAAAACUGUAAAUGGAUUUGCUCAUGAAUACUUGAUUAUAUGUGACACUCAGAUGGGCAAAAGUGUCCAGGAACACUAGAUUGAAAGUUGUAAUCCACUUAGAAGAUAUUCUAGGGUUUUUCUUUUCCCCUUUCAGAUUGUUAGCUCUCCUUUUCAUGGAUUUCCUUUUCUUGUCCCAUUUGAGGCUAUCUUUGCUGAAAUAUAGAUUAACAUGCUCUGCACUUACUUUUCUCAUUGAGUUCUCCUAUGCUUUUAACCAUUUAGCUUUCUUUAGUUUCUCGGUGGUACUCAAGUAUUCAUUCAAUUAUCUUUGACCUUUAAGGGAGAGAGACUUUACCUCUUAGAACACCCUAUUUAGUGCUUCAUCACAAGCGAAGAUUUGGGUUCUGCAGUGUUGAGCUCUUAGCUCUCCUACUGGUUUUGUCUGUCAAACCUGUAACCGGCAAUCGCACAUUGCGGGUUCAUCCAGCCAUGGAAAACUAUACAGCCAGAGAGGGAAUUUGAUCCCUCUAUUAACGUCCAAGUUGCAAGCGUGAUGUAUUCUUCAGUCCUGCCAGUAAGCCCGAUCUCAAUAUUUUCAAGUCCCAUGACAAUCCUGAGAUGGAAGGUUGUAAGUUGGAGAAAGAGACUAACUUUGAGGGUGAGAAUAAAGGCACUUGGCAUCUAGGGAGGCAGCAGUACUAUCAACUUGAUUCUGAUUCCUUCCUGGAAAGCAAAGGAAAUAGAGAUGCAGCCAGGAACUUGAUGGAAUUGAAUGGUUUUGUGGCUGGGGACGAUCCAUCUGAUGGAAGAGGAGAGCAUACGGCCCUUUAUGCUAAAAGUCAACUUGAACCAUCAGGCUGGAGGGAGGACAGAACAAGCCUUUAUCGCGACGUGCAUGUUGUUUUCCCCCGAGAGAGCAUUCAGGUUGUCCAGGGCGUUUGCAUCAACAAGGAAAUUUCUUACAGGAGUAAAUGUUCUAUAGAAAAUUGUCGGUUGGAUGAUGAUAGUAUCUGUGUCUUACUGAACUCUUACAUGGACAUGUACAGUAAACCAACUGAAGAAGCACCCAACACAGUGUCACCUGUUUCUUCUACUGCAUCAGAGUCUGUCCCUGAACGCGACGGCGCAAACGAUUCCAUGAAAAUCGUGAUGGAUCAGAAAGAGGCUCUCUUUGCCAGCAUCAAGGUUGCAGAUGAUGGCUCCAAUAAGAAGAAUGUAAGUGGGAGCUCGCCAAUGGUUGAAGAGCUUGGCACCAAUUACUGCCGCUUGCAGUUAACCGAUUCAACCAGACACAAGGAUGAAGAACAAGAUAACAAGGUUGGGGAAACAAGUGAGGGGGCAAUGUUGGCAACCUCCAUGCCAUGCGCUGCCACUGAUGCAUCGCAUAAGAACUGCUAUGCCAUGGAGUCCGACUCCAAAUGUGAUGCAGAGAGUAGAAGACUCAUUUACGAUUAUGCUUCAACAGCAACCAUGUCUAGAGGCUCGGAGAGAAGCCUAAAAACUUCAGAUCUUCAACCUGCCCCGAAAAUUGUAGAGACAUGCAGGCUUGACAAUGAGAUGUCAGAAAGCUUGCGAGUAUCGAGCCAGACCUAUUAUAGCGGGGAGUCCAGUUUCCCUGCCCUCGAUCCUCUUUCAGGUCCAAUAGAACAACAAUCCGGGCCAUUGUCAUAUUCCGGCAGCAUCUCUCACCGGUCAAACAGCAGCAACAGCACGCGAUCCUUUGCUUUUCCCAUAUUGCCCUCGGAGUGGAACGGCAGCCCUGUAAAGAUGGCGGAAGCCGACCGGAGACAGCUGAAGAAGGGUAAAGGAUGGAGGGUGGUUUUCCUCUGCUGUGAAUUCUAGUAGUUCCAAGUUAUGGUUUCGUGCAACUCAUUGCUCUGUUGACUUGACAGUAUAUGGCUUGAGAUGGACCCGCUUGAGAUCACUGUGAUGAGUGGGCUUGAGAUCACUGUGAUGAGUGGACGAGUGAGUUGUUCAAGCUUGAAUUGGGAAAAUUAAGGAGCCCUUCGGCUUGUUUGUGUUUUGAGCCCAUGAAAUCUUGUGAACUUGGUUGUGGCGAAUGCUUGAAUGCAUCAUCUCAUAAGCCUUGUGCUUUGAUGUGAACCACACUUCAUUAGGCAUAAAUCAUAUCCAUGCCAUGGAAGGUUGAACCGUCAGACAUCGUGAUGUAGCCUAUAGGCCCACACCAUGUGCCCUAAAAAGCCCAGGCAACAAACAUCAACUAG